GGAACAGCUGAGAGUUUGCACUCCAGCCCAGGGCUCAGUCUAAGAAGGAAGCUCUCUCUUCAUCUUCCCAAGGUCCUGUCUUCUUGUCCCAGUUCUCUGUGAGUGACUAGCCCCCAACCAAACCAACAGCCAUGGACGCCAUCAAGAAGAAGAUGCAGAUGCUCAAACUCGACAAGGAAAAUGCCUUGGACAGAGCAGAACAGGCUGAAGCCGACAAGAAGGGAGCAGAGGACAAGAGCAAACAGUUAGAGGAUGAGAUUGCCCAAAUGGAAAAGCAGUUGCGGCAGACUGAGGAUUUAAGGGAUAAGAUUUUGGAUGACCUUCAUCUGGCUGAAGAGAGCCUCCUAGCUGCUGAAGAGAAGGCCACUAAGCUGGAGGAUGAACUUGUAGCAAUGCAGAAGAAAAUGAAGGGUACUGAGGAUGAGUUGGACAAAUAUUCAGAAGCCCUUAAGGAUGCCCAGGAGAAGUUGGAACUUGCUGAGAAGAAGGCCACUGAUGCUGAAGCUGAUGUAGCCUCAUUGAACAGGCGUAUCCAGCUGGUUGAGGAGGAGUUGGAUCGUGCUCAGGAGCGUCUGGCCACAGCUCUUCAGAAACUUGAGGAGGCUGAGAAGGCUGCAGAUGAGAGCGAAAGAGGCAUGAAAGUCAUUGAGAACAGAGCCCUGAAGGAUGAAGAGAAGAUGGAGUUGCAAGAGAUCCAGCUGAAGGAAGCCAAGCACAUUGCGGAGGAGGCUGACCGCAAAUAUGAAGAGGUUGCCCGUAAGCUGGUGAUCAUUGAGGGUGACUUGGAACGUGCAGAGGAGCGUGCUGAGCUGUCAGAAAGCAAAUGUGCCGAGCUUGAGGAAGAGUUGAAAACUGUCACCAACAACCUGAAAUCUCUGGAGGCCCAGGCAGAGAAGUACUCCCAGAAGGAGGACAAAUAUGAAGAAGAAAUCAAGGUUCUCACAGACAAACUGAAGGAGGCUGAGACACGCGCUGAGUUUGCAGAGAGGACAGUAGCCAAGCUGGAAAAGAGCAUUGAUGAUUUAGAAGAGAAAGUGGCCCGUGCAAAAGAUGACAACUUAAAUAUGCAUCAGAUGUUGGACCAAACGCUUUUGGAAUUGAACAACAUGUAAAAAGAUCUGCUGGUGUUUACCUUUGACGUCUGGUUUUCUGAAGACACUGCUUGUCAAGAAGUCCCCUUUUUUUAAUGCAGUUUUUGAGGAAACCAUUGGGCUGGGAUGGGGGCAGGCAUUUGUGGAUUUUCCCCCUUUUUUAUUCCCCUUUUCCCAUUUUUGAAAAGACUAAAAGGAGUCUAAGUCCACAGUUAUAAACUGGGAAGGGUUAUAUGGAAUGCAGUUAGCCAUUGUGCCAAUUGUGGCUGGCCUGUUGGUGGCCAAAAUGUUCAGACGUGUCUUUUUUUUCUUUUUUAACGGUUUGUCUGGGUAGCUUCUUACGUGGUAAUUUUAUUACAACAAAAAUAAAGUCGGUUAAUUCUG